AUGGAAAACCAUGAUAAAAUUUCUGACGUCGGAAGUACCGCUAGUGGGAAGACUAAGUUCAGCAUCGAUUUUUGUAAAAAAUUGAACGAUUUUAACAUAAACGCUGAGAUAAUUAAUUCAGAUUCAAUGCAGGUUUAUAAAGGGUUUAAUAUUGGAACUGCAAAACCUUCUGAAGAUGAAUUGAGUUUAAUACCUCAUCACCUCUUAAAUUUCGUUGAUCCUACUCAAGAUUAUAAUGUUUCUAUGUUCGUUAAGGACUGCUCAGAAUCGCUAAAUCUUCUUUUUUCCCAGAACAAGUUACCAGUGAUUGUUGGAGGUACUAAUUUAUAUAUAGAAGCACUUUUAUGGCCAUCAGUCAUGGAUUCCGACAACAACAAUUCUGAGAGUUUAGAAGAUUAUUUUGACCAAUUUGACACUCAAACUCUUUACAAUUUGUUGAAUAAAAUUGACCCUGAGAGGGCUAACCAAUUACAUAGAAAUGACCGGAAACGGAUAAUAAGAAGUUUAGAUAUUUAUCAUUCACAAGGAAUUACUCAUACUGAACUAAUUAAACUUCGUAAAACCCAAAAAGAUAAAGAAGGAAUUAGAUAUGAUGCAUUGAUUUUAUGUUUAAAAUCUGACCCUGAAAUUCAAAGGUCAAGAAUUAGAGAAAGGGUUAAAUCAAUGCUCAAGUCUGGAAUCAUAAAAGAGUGUAAAGAACUCCUUGAACUAAAAGCAUAUAAGGAACUGAUACCUUUACUAAUUGAUGAAUCUGGUUUUAUUGAGGAACCUUCUGAGGAAUUACUACAGAAAUGUGCAACUGUUCUGGAGUCUAAAACUUGGCAGUAUUCUCAGAGGCAAAAGACCUGGAUCAACCAAAGACUACUCAAAAGUCCUCUUAAAACUCAUGUAGUUAAUACCAAUGGUAUUUUAACACUAAUUUAUCAAUUAGAUGUAGGAAUUUGGGAUAAACUUGUAAUGGAAAGUGUAGAAAUUACAAUUAAACAUCUAAGGGAUUUUAAUCAGUUGGUGUAA